CUGCUGAUUCUAUCGGAAUACCAGAUAUCAGGGAGGACCUAGAUCAGGCCAAGUCUGCUAUUGAAACUAUUGAUAAUAAGAUGAACAUUCUUACUGAAGAUGUCUCCUCACUAAAGCAGGAUUUACGCAUGGUGCUGAACAUAUUACAGAGGACUAAUAUUGUAGGUCUAGGGGGAUCUAAUAGCCCUAGGGGUCCAGGGGGAUCUGGAAGCCCCGAGGAGGGCUAUGGUGAUAAGGGGUCAAGCCCCCAUGCCAAGUUGAGUCCCCAGUUCUUCUUACCCACUGCUCAGGACAGUCAGCCCACCCAGGGCCAAGAGGGUGACCUAGGGUCACCAGUGGGGCCCCAACCCACAAGAAGAGGCAGCAGAGAGCCAUCUAUAGCUCCACUAGUAGAGGAGGAAGAAGAUAUCCUAAGUUCUAGCUCAAAUACAGAAUUAAACAAUACUCCUAGCAUAAGACAAAGAUCAGAAUCUGCUACUACAGAAUCUCUACAUUCUAAUACAAACAGUCCAACUGGUUCGCUUAAAUCGAACACCUCAAAUCAACAUAAAGCACAUCCCUGGGGUGCUCAGUCUGGUGGUACCAGUCCUGGUGUACAAGUAGGUCCGCUAAACACUAGGAAUUUGUUACAGCGGCCACAUAGUGCUACAGAUGUUAAUAUAGACGUUGAGAAGCAAAUCCCAAAGCACAGCGGUCCUAGGCGGAGAUCAGCUCCACAUGAGAGCUCUCCUGGAUUGGAGGGGAGAAAUAGCAGUAUAGAACACAUUGUAGACGUUGAAAAACUGGCUGCUAUAAGGAAAGUCAUGGAGACGACUGAUCUCUAAAAUAUGAAGAAUAUGGAAUGAUAUGUCAAAUUGAACUAAGCUGCUGCUACUGUGUUACAUCGUACACUUUCUGUAUAUGAACAUUUUGUACUGUAAAUGU